UAUAAAAAUUAUUUUCGAACCGUAUAUAAAUGAGUAUCGGAUCAAGUUCGUACUGAAUGAAUGGUUGUUCUUCGACGUCUCACGUGGGCGCACGAUUUAUUACAGCACUUCAAGCGUCAGCGCCACUACUGGAAAAAUAUGGAUUGUGAUAUUUUAGCGCCUCCGCUGAAUGUCCGUGGAAUGGUCGAAUUGAAUCGCGAUUCCUUCAAAAAGCGUGUGAAACUGCCACGCCUACUAAUACACGAGUCGGAAUCAAAUAAAGUAUUGUCACUAUUGAAAAAGCUGUUGCUGAAAAUGGAAAGACUACGGCCGGUGCGCGCGUUACCAAGCAAAACUGCAGAAGAAAAAUCGUGUGAUAUGCGUGAAAUAUUUCUACAUCCAUUAGCAGUGAAGUCAUGGGAUUGUCUACCCACUGCUGAUCUGUUGAAGGUUAAUGUUCAACAAAACAAUUUCUAUUAUGAUGAAUUGGAGCUUGGCUAUGAGAAUUGGCGGGCGGAUGAGAUUUUCAAAAGUGUACUGCCAAUUGAGGAAGAAGGUCUCACAUCGUAUUCGCGCAUAGGUCAUAUUGUACACUUAAAUCUUAGAGAUCACCUACUGCCUUACAAAAACUUAAUUGGUCAAGUGUUGUUAGACAAAGUGCCUGGCUGUCGCACUGUAGUUAACAAAGCAGCAACAAUUGACAAUACAUACCGUAACUUCUUGUUGGAGCUAAUUUGUGGUGAGAUGGAAUAUGAAGUGGAGACCAAAGAGAAUGGAGUUGUGUUUGAGUUUGAUUUCUCUCGCGUGUACUGGAAUCCACGCUUAUCCACAGAACAUGAACGAAUUACAAAAAUGAUCAAUGAAAACGAUGUCCUCUACGAUGUCUUUGCCGGUGUGGGACCAUUUAGCAUACCAGCAGCACGUAAAAGAUGUUGGGUGCUUGCAAAUGACUUAAAUCCAGAGAGUUAUAAAUGGCUGCAACACAACGGUGGGCGUAACAAAUGUUUGCCCUAUAUGAAAACUUUCAAUAAAGAUGGCCGGCAAUUUUUACUGGAAGAUGUUAAGCCCGAUUUACUAAAACGUUGUAAGGAUCUAUCAACUAACAAGCCAGAUGCUUAUCGGAUACAUAUUACAAUGAAUCUGCCGGCUAUGGCGGUGGAGUUCUUGGAUGUGUUUCGUGGAUUUUUAAAUGACAAGGAGUGCAAUAAGUUAUUUGAUCAUGAAUUAAACUAUCCAAUUGUGCAUGUUUACUCCUUUGCAAAGGGCGACGAUACGAAGACACUUGUACGCGCUAUGGUUGAAGAGAAUUUGGGUUUGCCUUUAAAGGACAAUUUGGAAGGCAUAUAUUUUGUGCGUAAUGUGGCGCCUAAUAAAGAUAUGUAUCGAGUUUCAUUUCGACUUACGAAAGAAAUUUUGACGUCGCCUCUCGCAACACAACUUGCUGAAACUUCAACUGUUGAGCAGACACCACGGAAGCGCGCCGCGUCUGAGACAUAUGAGGAGGAAUUAAAUGUUACAAAUAAAUGAAUUAGUAAUGGGGCGCAAAUCAAAAACCGCAGGUGGUAAGAAGGGGGCUGCCAAGAGUGCCAUCAACAAGUCUAAGAAG